CUUUUUCCUCUCCUACCAGCCAUCCUAUUGUCACCUACUUAAGAGUACAAAAAGAAUCAGUCAAAAGUCCAUGAUAUUAUUCUAAUAUUUUCCCAUAACGAAGAUUGCUUUCCACUCUGCUAAACCCUAACAAACCCAUGAUCAUGAAAAGAAAAAUGAACAGAAACCUACUCUGUAUACUGCAAAAACCAUGGAUGGAACUUUACCUUCUCUCAUGGUCUCCUCAGGCUUUCUUCCAACAGGUUCUUUGCUAGAAUCAUUGAUCCAUGCCUCUAAAGAAGUCACCUCCAUGGAAAAUCUUCCAUUUCUACAGUUCAAAAAUGUUUCAACAAUGAUAAGAAGAAUCAAACUUAUAGCUUCAUUGUUUGAAGAGAUUCAAGAAACAAAUAGCCCACUUCCACCAUCUUCAAUCUUGUGUCUCACUGAGCUUUUUUCAGUGAUCAGAAGAGUGAAGCUUUUGAUACAGAGAUGCAAGGAGGGUGGGGCUCUUUGGAACCUUGUGCAGACAGAGUUUGUUUCAAAUCAGUUUCAUGCAAUGGUCAAAGAGAUGGGGAGGGCACUUGAUAUUUUACCUCUCAGCUUGCUGAAAAUAACUGCAGACACCAGAGAGCAAGUUGAGCUUCUUCACAAGCAGGCAAAAAGGGCUGAAUUGUUUGUUGAUCCCAGAGAGCUUCAAAGAAGGGAGGAGCUUCUCCAGUUGAUGGCUACUAACAGUGAGAAGAACAGCAAGAACAAGGGAUUCAUCGAUUUUCAGAGAGUGAAAGAGAUCUUAAGCAGCAUUGGUUUGAAAACCCCAUUUGAUUAUGAUGAAGAGAUUUCAAAACUAGAGGCAGAAGCUGAAAAGCAGGCAGGCACAGGGGGGCUCAUCGUGGUUUGCAAUAUCAACAAUCUCGCAUCACUGGUUUCAUUAUCCAAGGUUUUCAGUGAAGAAGAAACUCAAAAAAUCCAGGUGGACCUCAAACAGCGCAGUGCAUCAGGUAGGUAUCACGAUCAUGCCUCAUCUUCUCAGUCAAUGGUUUUCGACAUUCCUGAUGAAUUUCGCUGCCCGAUUUCGCUGGACUUGAUGAGGGACCCCGUAAUUGUCGCAUCAGGGCACACAUAUGAUCGAAACUCGAUUGCCCAGUGGAUCAAUUCAGGACAUCACACAUGCCCAAAAAGUGGGCAGAGGCUAAUACACAUGGCCCUUAUACCCAACUAUGCUCUGAAGUGUCUAAUUCAUCAGUGGUGUCAGGAGAACAAUAUCCCAAUAAUGAAAUCCCCAUCAUCUUCUUCAACAUUGGAGAGGAGCAGUAGCAAGAGAAAAUUAUGUGAUAAUGCCGUAGAUCACAUUUCUGCAACAAAAGCGGCAGUGGAUGCUGUCAAAAUGACAGCUGAAUUUCUUGUAGGGAAAUUAGCAACAGGGUCACUAGAUAUCCAGAGACAGGCAGCAUAUGAGCUUCGGUUACUAGCAAAAUCUGGUAUGGAUAAUCGACGGAUAAUCGCCGAGGCCGGAGCUAUUCCAUUUCUGGUGACUCUGCUAGGUUCACACGACCCAAGGAUUCAGGAAAAUGCGGUCACUGCCCUUCUCAACCUUUCUAUAUUGGACAACAACAAGAUAUUGCUAAUGGCUGCAGGAGCAAUUGACCACAUAAUAGAUGUCUUACAAUCAGGAAAAACAAUGGAGGCAAGAGAAAAUGCAGCAGCAGCAAUCUUCAGCUUGUCUAUGGUAGAUGAUUACAAGUUCAUCAUCGGAGCACGUCCCCAAGCCAUUCCAGCCUUGGUUGGGCUCCUAGAAGAAGGAACCACAGCAGGGAAGAGGGAUGCAGCAACAGCACUUCUCAACCUGGCAGUAUAUAGUGCUAAUAAGGCUAGUGUAGUGCUUUCUGGGGCUGUGCCUUUGCUCAUUGAUCUAUUGAUGGAUGACAAGGCGGGUAUCACUGAUGAUGCCUUGGCACUGCUUUCCCUGCUUCUUGGGUGCUCUGAAGGAUUGGAGGAGAUACGGAAGAGUAGGGCAUUGGUCCCUCUUCUUAUUGAUCUCCUGAGAUUUGGAUCUCCAAAGGGGAAGGAGAAUUCGAUUACUCUAUUGUUGGGGCUCUGCAAAGAUGGAGGGGAGGAUGUUGCAAGAAGACUACUGAUAAAUCCAACAAGCAUUUCAUCUCUCCAAAGCUUGGCUGCUGAUGGGUCUCUCAAAGCUCGAAGGAAGGCUGAUGCCCUGCUUAGAUUACUCAAUCGGUGCUGCUCUCAAUCUCGUAAUCCUGUUGGAUAAAAGAGUAUAAUAAGAUUGUAAAGUGGAAGUGUAAAUUUGUGGAAAUUACAUGAAUGAAAAUGAUGUUGAUUUGUUACAGCAAUCAGCACUUCCGACCUUCAUCUUCAUCAUUGGGUAUGUGGUGGUUG